AUGUGGGCAAUCAUGACAAGCCAACAACCCGAAGUGGCAUCAAGGCCAAUCAGCGGCUCCUUCGCUGGCAAAGCAGCCAUAGUCACCGGCGCCGGAUCCGCAGGCGACGGCAUCGGUAACGGUCGCGCAGCCGCCAUCCUCCUCGUCGAACAAGGCGCCUACGUUCUCUGCGUUGACCGUGACAAAGAAUGGGCGAUUUACCGAAGACUGCUAGUGUUGGGAAUUGAGAAGGGGGUUUAA